AUGGACUCCGGCGACCACACUAACUGCUACCACACUAUCGACACUCUUCCUCCGCCAUGCCUCACUCGAUGCGCACACUGUAACAAGCGGGAACGGCAGCUUCCCGCAGGCGCCAAGUUGAAACGAUGCAAGGGAUGCACGGGUGCCAUGUACUGUAGUAGAGCUUGCCAGAGAGCGGCGUGGCCGCGGCACAAGAACAAGUGCGGGUCCGUCGGAAGCUGCUACCAGGCUGAGGGCUGUGCCGGGUAUGCUUCAUCCGCCGCCCUCGUUGAGGCCAUGCACGACUGGGUGGACGACAUACACUUGCAAGCACUCGAAACGCUGGCGAAUGCCACCAUCCUCGCGCACGGCGGUAUCGCCGCGAACCUCGGCUUUCCUCGGGUCCUGCGCGUGACAUUGGCCCCGGGAGAUAGAUCGGAUGACGGCGCGGAUCCCGCCAAGGCUUUCAGCAUCCUGGAGGUGUCGCUCGAACAUAAGGACAACAUGCGCGGAUUCAUCAGUAGCUGGGAUGGCACCGAAGCUGAGUGUCGGCAGAGAACCGAGAUCUUCCGCAAGACUAUCCCCAACGCCACCGUCAUCGGCUGCAUCCCCGCCGUGUGCGACAUUCCCGACGCCGCCUUCGCGACCUUCCACUACUUCCCUGUCUUCGCCCCCCAGAGCGGGCAUUUGACGGCGAUGCCCGAGUACAUCCGCGAGGUCUGCGAGGACGUCGCGGCCAUGUGCAUCGAGACCGUCAACCUGGGUCUCGUCCUGCGCCCGCCGUCUUCAUGCGGGCGGUGCGAGCAUUGUCAGAAGGGCCCGUUCAGGGGGACGUACGUCCGGCUGUGGAAGAAGAAGAAGGCGUGGGAUUGGCAGCCCGUGGACGGUGGGGAGUGGGUGCCGGCCGACGACUUUGAGUCUCGUUCUGGCCUCCAUCCCGAGGAUAUAUGGGCUAUGUACAAUGCUAUCUGAUGUCUGCAAUUGUUGGGGCCCGGUACUGCGAAAGUAUUUUGUCUGUCAGCGUCAACACGCGUCAGAAUGUUAUGAUCAUACUAGGAUUACUCUGUCGGGUUUUGGUAGCUUGAGUGGAGCUCUCCAGGAUCUUGUUUUACGGUUUUUGGUUUGUCUGUAUAGGUUCUCUCCUCCGCGACACCUCUGUAUCAAU